GGGGGGGCGCCGCUCCUCGGCGCCGGGCGGCGGCUCCCGGUCCCGCAGCGGCGGCCAUGGCGCUGUCGGUGCUGCAGCAGGUGGUGGUCUCGGUGGUGCUGGUGCUCUGCGUCUUCGUCGUCAUGCCCAGGAUGCUCGGAGGCGGGGGAGGAGGAGACAGGCGGGCUGGCCGGUCUCCGCGGGGCGGCAAGGCCAUCCCCGGCCAUUACGAUCCCCGUCAGCACCGCAGAGGUAGUCCUCAGACAGUUCAUCAAGUUCACCUGAAUCCAGGAAAUUCUGAUAGCAAUACUUACCAGACUUUUCAGCAGAUGAAAAAUGCAAUGGAAAAAGAGAUUAAGAGUGAGAGAACAAGAGGAAAUGGUAGAGAGUUAGCAUUCACCCUCAUGCCCUUGUAUGCUCUUGGAGUGGGUGUGUUUGCAGCAUACAAAUUUCUUAAGAUGAAGUCACAUGAAGAAAGUCUCUCUAAAAAGGAAAAAAGUACAGAAGACAAGGCAAAGGAAACAGAGCAUCAGCUUUUAGAACUGGAGCAGCAUCUAGCACAAACAGAGAAAAUGUUAAAUUCUUUAUUGACUCAGUUGGAUCCGCUGUCAAACUGUGUUAAUGCUUUAGCUUGUGAGCAGAAAGAUGAAAUAAUGACACAGCUCCAAUCAAUUAGACGACUGAUGAAAGAAAGUGGAUUAGAUAAAUCGGAAAACAAAAUGAAAGAUGCCAGCCACAUUUGUAAUGAGAAACUUGAAGAUCUCAUUCAGUCAUUUGCUGAACAUUCUCAAGAGAAAGAAAUGGAUGACAGAGAAGAUGACAGUAACAAAGUUUUGCUUGAGGAUGUUGAUAAUGAUUACAAAAUAGAGGAGGAUGAGUUAUGUGGUGAAUGUGAAAUGCAUCAGUUUGAGCCAGAUGUUGUAGAAGACCAAGAAAUUAUAACCAAAGAUGCCAAUGAAUCAGAAGAGACAGGAUUGAGGAGACGUAGUAGAUAUGAAUGAAAUCUGCAUAUGUAAAGCUUUCAAAACCUUAUGAUUUUUUUCAUAAUGUUGUAUGCACUUUAAACUGUUGAAUGAGGUUAUGUGCACUGCUAUAUGCUUUAAAAAGAGGGGUGAAAUACUGCCCUUGCUUCUAUCUAUGAUGGUUCUGUAACUGACUCUUGUGGCAGCAGAAUUUCACUCAGGAUGUUUACAUAUUUUCUUCCUAUUUAUUUUUUCCUAUAAAAAUAUUUCUGUACUCUGUAUAUAAUGCACUGUAAUUAUAUCUGAUGUUUCACUAAAAUAUUAGAAUAUCUUUUAAUUAAGACUAUUAAGGUGUUUCAUACAUGUUUUGUAACUAGUAAGCAUAGUGCCAUUUGAAGUGUGACUUUGUUGAGUUCAUUAAAAGAGCAUGCAGUGAUCGA